AUGGCAUAUUUAAAUUCAGAUUCAAAUUCAAUAAAAGAUAUUGAAUCACAUUGGAGGCAACCGAGUGAAAUAUUUGAUAAUUUUUUUGACUCGAUAAGUAAUUAUUCAGAGUCAACUGUAGCAAAUUCAGAGUUCGUUGCAAAUCAAAUUCGUAAGUUUGAGAACGAUCAAACUCUUCCAUCACAAAAGGAAUUAAAUAAACCACAAACAGUCUUCAACUUGCACAUUGAUAAAUUUGUCAUUGAUGGAAAUAAGGACGGAGGUAGUUUGAAUGCUGGAAAAAAUUCAUCGACAGAAGCAGUUAAUAUAAAAUUCAAAACUUUUGACACUCUGAAAAAGAGUCAAACCAAAAAAUCUCCCAUUCAAUUUGUUAAGGCAUUCUUUUCAAAUCGUUACAUCGCAAUAUCAGUUUUUCUUCUGCUUGUUCUAAUGAUAGCAACAUCCACGUCAUUUCUUUUACUGUCCAAAGAUGAUUCCGAGUCAACAACAACAACGACAUCAACCUCGACCACAACCACACAAAGUUCAACUCAAUCAACAUCAACAGCAGAAGAACCCACUUCAACUUCAGAAAGUUCAUCAUCCGAUGAUCCAACGACCACUACAAUAUCAACAUCAACAACAACUACGACAAGAACAACUACAUCUGAACCAGAAUUUGAGCUUAAUAUAAUUAAACGAAGCACAUGGUCAGAGGAAGGACUUGGAAUUCAGGGAAAAUAUAAACAAAUUUCCCCUCUAUCAAAAAUCAUAAUAUUGAAUACCAAAUCAAAUGAUUACACUCAUUUUAUGUCAUCUACAGAGUUUUUAAUAGAUCACCAACAAAAUUCUUAUCCAGAAUACGAUGAUUUGAAAGAAAAUUUUAUUGUUGCAUUAGAUGGGACAAUUUAUGAAGGAAGAGGUUUUUCACAUGAGGGACAGACAACAUUUGAUUCUUUAACAUCAUAUAAUAACAAAGCUGUCGCAAUUAACUUUCUUUUGACUGAAGAUGAUCAAACACUCAACUCUAUACAAGAAAAAGCAUUUUGUAAAUUUCUUGAAGAAUCGAUUUCAACCGGAUCUGUGAAGGAAAACGCAACAAUUUUCCAUCAUUCAUCGCUUUUGAAAUCUUACUUUGAGACAUUUGAAAUGCCAAAUCUGGAUUGUAGUCAACUUGAAAAUGUAGAGUGGAAAAAAUCUUUGAACAUUUUCAAAAGACGAGACUGGAAUGCAUCCGAAUUUCCUCCAGAUUUUGAACCAAGUCUUCGAAGAAAAGCGACAAAGUUUCGUGUCACAAAAAUGGAAGUAGAUGAAUCUGUUUGUGAUUCAAUGGAUUCUUGUUCAAAUUUUAUCAAAGAUUUGCAAACAUCUUAUGAAAAUGAAUUUGAUGAUGUUCCUUACAAUUUCGUGAUUACCAUAAACAAUUUCAUUUUUGAAGCAUUAGGUUUCGAUAUAACAUGUCCUGGAAGUUACGAGAGUAUUUGCAUUUUAUAUGUUGGAAAUGAUAUUUCAAAUGAAAUAAUUGUUGGAAAAAUUGCAGAAUUUAUCACAUUUGCUAUAGAUUUAGAGAAAUUAUCUCGUAAUUUUGAAAUUACCUAUGAGACAUUAGAUAAUAAUAAUAAUAAAAAAAUAAUUAAUUAA